UUAGCCCUGUAAAUAUGCAUGCUUUCCAUGAUUUAUAUAGGUAUUUUCUUAUAAUUUAUACACAUCUUCAGCUCGCCAAUCAUGCGGUUGAAGUUUUCAUGCGGAGAAUCAUUUGAAUGUUACAACUUCCUAUGAAUAUAACGCUAUGGACUUUCGGAGUAUAUCGAGUUUUGUGAAUUCGCCGGGAUCCGACGGUUUACGAGUGACGCCUUCCCCGCCGGUGGAACAAACUCUCCGAUGCACUGGAUCAGUGAUUGCGCCUGCAAAGUUGAAGGCCAAACCUAAUUGUGAGGGAUGCCGUAAAAUCAUACACGACCGUUGGUUGUUGAGUGUCGGAGAGGAGAUGUUUCACAUGUCGUGCCUGCGUUGUUGUAUGUGCCUCCGCACGCUUGAUAAUCAAACGUCCUGCUUUGUCAGAGAUAAACAAGUCUAUUGCAGAUAUCAUUACCAAAGCCGCUUUGCUCCAAAAUGUGCGGGAUGCAGUGAACCGUUGCAGCCAUCGGACUGGGUUCGAACAGCACGUGAAUCAGUCUACCAUUUGGAUUGCUUUUGUUGUCAAGUUUGCAAGCGGAAGUUAUCUACGGGUGACACAUGCGCAAUGAGACCGGACGGUGUUAUGUGUGUCGAUCACUGUGAUGGGCCGUCUACUCCCGAUGACGACAGCGUUUCAGUAUCCUCGGUGGACUCGGACUGCCGGGGAUCAGAGUCGGACGAGAGGACUAUAAGCGGCAAGAGGCCGAGAACCAGUUUCACACAAGCUCAAACCAAAAUACUACAAGAAAAUUUCAGAAGAAAUACAAACCCAUCACCAGAAGAGAUGGAAAGAAUCGCAGACAUGACAGGUCAUCCGAGAAAAACAGUGAUGAUAUGGUUCCAAAAUGCACGUGCAAGAAACAAAAAGUUACUUCUGAGUGGCGGUGUUUCGACUGCAAACCAGACAAAGAAGACAGGUACCUGUCAUUGGAUCGCAAAUCCCUGUAGUCCGGGCACUAUUCCAUUUUCGGAAUAGCUACUGAUACCGAAAUGUUUUCAGCUGUUCACUAUUAUUGUUUUCUCACAGUUCAUUUUUUCAUCUGUUAAAUAAAAAUGUUAUAAAAAGAAACGA